AUGGGAAACCAGGAUGGCAAAUUGAAGAGGAGCGCAGGUGAUGCCUCCCUUGAAGGAGGGGGAGGUGGUGGCUGUGGCGGGGAGGAUGCUGUUGGGCCCAGGGAUACUGAAAGCACCAAGAAGGGGAGCGGGGGCAAGAAGGCGCUGGGCAAACAUGGAAAGGGGGGAGGGGGAGGUGGCAGUGGAGAGCCUGGCAAGAAGAAGAGCAAGUCGGACUCGAGAGCCUCGGUUUUUUACAACCUGCGGAUCAGGAAGAACCUAUCUAAGGGAAAGGGGGGUGUCGGUUCUCGGGAAGAUGUGCUGGACUCCCAAGCCCUGCAAACAGGGGAGCUGGACAGCGCUCACUCCUUGGUCACCAAAACCCCUGAUCUCAGCCUGUCUGCUGACGAGGUGGGCCUGUCAGAUACAGAGGGCACAGACCCCUUUGAAGUCACCCGUCCAAGUGCGGUAAGGCCUGCGGGGUUCGGGGUUCAAUCUGCCACAGAAGGGGAUUUGGAAACAGCCCCUGGGGCGCAAGAUGGACAAAGGACCAGUUCAGGCUCAGAUACAGACAUCUAUAGCUUUCAUUCGGCCACAGAGCAGGAGGACUUGCUCUCAGACAUUCAGCAGGCAAUUCGACUCCAGCAGCAGCAACAACAGCAGCACCAGGGCAGUGCGGUCAGCUCCGGGGACCCUUCAGCACCCCUGGGUUCUGCUCCUCUCCAACCGGGGGCCUUUCUUGGCCUGGACCACUUUCUAUUGGGGCCUGUUAGUACGGCUGGAGAAGCACCAGGGAGUCCAGAUACGGAGCAAGCUUUAUCUGCCCUCUCUGACCUCCCAGACAAUUUGCCCCCUGAGCUUCCAGUGCAGGGGAAGCCACCGCCCCCUAGCGGCGUGGAUUGGGAGGUCACUGCCCCCGUAGCUACUGUGCCGUCGACCACAGAGUCUCCUCCUUCCACUGCCUUUCCCUUCCCAGAGCCGGGGUUGGAGGAGACUGCAACUGUACCUUCUGUUGGGGGAGCAGGAGAUACAGAUGAUGAUGAUGAGGAUGCAUUUGAGGAUGCUCCCCGGGGUUCUCCCGGGGAGGAGUGGGAUAAGGGCACCCAGGAAACUCCCUCCGAGGUAGGAGAGGAAGAGGGUGAAGUACCAGGGGCAUGUCCAACGCCUCCCCAGAUGGACAGCCCUGCCCCCAGUCCCCGUUGCUUCAAGCCUUACCCACUAAUUAAUCCUUGUUACAUCAAGACCACCACUAGGCAACUUAGCUCACCUAACCACUCACCUUCACAGUCCCCCAGCCAGAGCCCCCGGUUUAUGAGAAGGCUGGAGUCUUCUUUGAGCCGGAGUCAGAGGGCUACCUUGGCCUCAAAUGCCACCCAGGUCAAGAAGCACAAGGCAAGUGGCAGCAGCCUGGUGGGGGGACUUAGCCGCUCUGCUGACUGGACAGAAGAGGUGGAGAGGAGGGAGCCCAGGGUGGGUGGCUCAGCAGACCUGCUUGAGUGUGGGGCAGCCCAGGAAGGAACUGAUGGAACCCCCCCAACUCUAUCCAGAAAGUCCUCAGGAGUGCAGCCUGCCACUGAUGGCUUCCAGAAUGUAUUCACGGGGCGCACUCUGUUGGAAAAGCUGUUUAGCCAGCAAGAGAACGCACCACCAGAAGAAGCAGAGAAAUUUUGUUCUCGGAUUAUUGCGAUGGGUCUUCUACUUCCUUUCAGCGACUGCUUCAGGGAGCAGUGUAACCAGAGUGCCCAGCAAAGCUCAGCUCCAUUUGAUCAAGAUCAGCUUUAUACCUGGGCUGCAGUCAGUCAACCCACACAUUCUCUGGAUUACACAGAAGAGCAGUUUCCAAGGAGAACCCCCCCUGUCUGGUCUCCAGCCAAGCCUCCUGAACAAGAACAUGGGUCCAAGGAGCCUGCAACAGAGUUUCAAGCUACCAUUUUGGAAACACAGAAAAAGUGUUCAGAUGCUGUUCAACAGGUUGUAAAGUUAUUAAGCAACAAAAGAUCACAAGCCGUUGGAAUAUUAAUGUCAAGCCUUCAUUUAGAUAUGAAAGACAUACAGCAUGCUGUUGUGAAUUUGGAUAACUCUAUCGUGGACCUGGAGACCCUUCAAGCCCUCUAUGAAAAUAGAGCACAGACGGACGAAUUGGAAAAAAUUGAAAAGCAUGGCAGAUCAUGCAAAGAAAAAGAAAAUGCCAAGUCUUUGGACAAACCUGAACAGUUCCUUUAUGAACUAUCACUAAUACCCAACUUUUCAGAGCGAGUCUUUUGCAUCCUGUUCCAGUCAACAUUUUCAGAAAGCAUUUGCUCGAUUCGUCGCAAACUUGAACUACUCCAGAAGUUGUGUGAGACAUUGAAAAAUGGGUCAGGGGUUAUGCAGGUUCUAGGUCUGGUUCUUGCCUUUGGUAAUUACAUGAAUGGUGGGAACAAGACUCGGGGACAGGCAGAUGGUUUUGGAUUAGACAUUCUUCCAAAGCUGAAAGAUGUCAAAAGCAGUGACAAUAGCCGGAGUCUUCUGUCAUAUAUCGUUUCAUAUUAUCUUCGAAAUUUCGAUCAGGAUGCUGGAAAAGAACAAUGUGUUUUUCCACUGCCAGAACCCCAGGACCUUUUUCAGGCCUCCCAGAUGAAGUUUGAAGACUUUCAGAAAGACCUUCGAAAGCUGAAGAAAGAUUUGCGAGCAAAAAUUGACCAAGAAGCUGAGGAGCAUUCGUUGACAGCAGCUCAUAAAUGCUUUUUGGAAACUACAGCCUAUUUCUUCAUGAAACCAAAAAUGGGAGAGAAGGAAGUGUCCCCAAAUGUUUUCUUCAGCCUCUGGCACGAAUUCAGCUCUGACUUUAAAGAUUUCUGGAAAAAAGAGAACAAACUUAUUCUCCAAGAAAGAGUAAAAGAAGCAGAGGAAGUGUGUAGGCAGAAAAAAGAAAAAUCUCUGUAUAAAAUAAAGCCGAAACAUGAUUCUGGAAUUAAAGCAAAGAUAAGCAUGAAAAUCUGAUCGCCAAAAGUCAGAAUGGAUAUAUCAUUGCCACUAGAUCAACAAAGUUCAAUGUAUUUAGGGGGGAAGGAAACUACAUCAU